UCGAACUUUGUCUUUGUUUCAGGUUCCCUUGAAAGAGAUGUACUGACGUAUGUUAACGUUUUCCGUCAUUUGCAUGCUGUGGGGCCGUUGCUAACUGACGAGGUCAUUCAUGAAAGUGCGCAAAAUGCAGCUAAAAUGUUUAUGGAGACAAAAAACAAAGACAAAGUGCCAAUUCACCAAUAUAGCGCUAACUUUUGUACUUACACUGGAUCAGAGGAAAUUCUCGACCGCACCUGCGUUGUAUCGUGGUAUAGUUCCAUGAAGUAUUACACGUGGUGCCAGCCUAAAGCAGAAGGUCAAGCCUUACCAUUUGUGAACAUGAUUUGGAAAGCCAGCAAAAAAGCAGGAGUUGGGUUAGCCAAGGGCUCUGACGGAACGUAUUAUGUGGUACUUUACAUUGCGCUACAGGAUGCAGAUAAUGUUGCUGUAAACGUACCGCCUGUAAAAGGUAUCACUGUAUCAUCAUCGUCAUCAUCAUCAUCAUCAUCAUCAUCGUCAUUGUCGUCAUCAUCAUCACCUUCACCAUCAUCAUCAUCAUUAUCUUCUCUAUCACCAUCAUCAUCAUCAUCAUCAUCAUCAAUUAUCACCAUCGUUAUGAUCGUCAUUGUCGUUAUCAUUAUCACCUUCACCAUUACAAUUAUCAUCAUUAUAUUCUUCUUCUUUAUCGUCACCAUCAUCAUUAUCGUUAUCGUCAUCAUUAUCAUCAUCACCAUUAUCAUAUUCAUCAUCAUCAUCAACAUCAUUUUGGCUACGGAAUAGGCGGUCACAUUUUUGCCCCCAUUCCACCCCCUCUAAGGCUGUAGCUGUUACUUGUAGCACUUAUACAAUGUUGUACAAUGUAUAAUCAAUCCGAACCUGCAGAUUAACUUAUAAAAAGCCUUGUUUCAACACUUUGAUUUAAAACUGCAUGGCUGGUUGGAUCUUGUCAUCAUUUUGUUGUUGUUGUUUUUGGUUUCUUUUUCCCUGCAAGAGUACCUUUUGAAAAAGCUAUUACCUUUGAUCUUAAAGAGGCAACAUCACUCCGGAAGUAUAUUAUAAUUUUAGCAAUCACAAAUAACAAAAUAUCGAUGUGUUAAGUGACUGACCGUUCUCAGAACCUUUAAAGUCCAUUUGAAUCUAACGGAUUUCUUCGGCCUAAAAGAUAAGAAACAUUUCGUGAUUCCUGAGCCCCUACUUUUAUUUGACACAUUCGUGACGUCAGUCCGAGCUCUAAUUUGACAUUGGUGGCAAGCAGAUCUGCCGAAAGUUUCCACGUUAUUAUAUUAGUUCUCCAGACCUUUCUCCACACAAAAGACAAGUCCGUAAAUUACAGUGAUUAAAUUUGCUUUGAAUUUAAGAACUGCUUUUUUAUCUUUCUGUUUGUAGUUGUUAUGGAGGCGAGCCCUAAAGGUAAGGUCUUCAAAAGCAAAAUUAAUUUGAGAAUUCAGGCUAUACUUCAAUUAUUUUUGGAGCUUAACUUUUGCAUUUUGCAUUUCAGCAAACUGUCCACCGGGUUAUUCACGAUUUGAUACUUCCUGCCUCAAGUAUGAAACAACCGGAGUAACCUGGGACGAGGCCGUGACACGAUGUGCAUUAGAGAAUGCGACAUUAGCUUCGAUACGAAAUGCAAAAGAAGAGAAUUUUGUGCGAGAACUACAGAGGAAAGCAGGAUCAACUGUAGAGACGUGGAUUGGUACGAACAUUUAAGCUGCCUUAUAUUAUUAGUAUUACUAACAGGGAAACUAAUUCGAAACAAUUAAAGCUCAAUAGUUGCCGUUUAAAAUAGCAAUCACUUUAAUCUAACACUUAUCAAAAAGUGGAGAAGAAAGCUCCUGGAAAAGUGUGGCCCUUUUUAUCGUAUUCCAAAGUACUGUGAAAGGACACAGGCAGAUCGAUCUAAUGAUUGUUCAACACACCUAUAAAAUAAUCAUUGACCAACUGGGAAACUGUAAUGUACAUUACUUAACGCAAAUAUCUCGACUUCGAUCCCUGCAGGUGGAUCAAUUUUAAACUUUUCAAACGACGAUUUUGAUGUACGGUGUAUACGCCGUAACCAUUCCAAUAAAAGCUUAUCUUCUCCGGCGGUUUGGUAAAGUCUUGUAGUGAAUUUUGAUAGAGGUUAUUCUUGGCCGCCUAAAGAAGGGGUUAAAAUUGGCAACACAGGAUUUUUGACGACUUUACUCAAGUAAAUGAUACCCUUGCAGGCCUGCACGAUGCUGUACAUGAAGGACGAUUUAAAUGGUUUGAUGGGUUAAGAUUUAAGCCUGGCGUCUGUGUUCCUGUGCAUGCAAACGGUGGACACAUGGAGAACUGUGUGGCAUGGAGUAUAGAAAAACCACAAGGCUGCUGGGAGGAUAGACCCUGUAACGAGAAGAUUCCUUUUACAUGCAAAAUACCAGUCGAAGGUAAAGCGUACUCUUACGCGGCUUGUCAAUAAUUCUCGUUAACAUAUCAAACUGCAUACCGUAUUUACUUGGGACAGUGCGUGCAAAACAGACGAAAAAAAAUGAAUUAGAAGGACGAAUCUCGGUAACGUUUUUAAAAGCCAUAGCCCAUGAACAUUGUGUGAGAGUUACGUGUUUUAAUUGGAAAAUUGAAUAUAUUAAUAGCUUUUUGUACUUUCAAAUUUAAAUUCUUUAACAUAUUUGUCCUUUUAGAGACUGAGAAGUCUUAAAUUUUAUUAUGGUUAGUGAUUCGUGAUUUCAAAACAUAUUUUUAGGACAAGUAGAUAUUACCAUUGUAACAUACAGCUUUGGAGAAUUAGUAACGUAAGUUAUAGUUUGUCUCCAAUUAGGAAGUUGUUUUAGGGACAACAAAAUGAUUCAUUCCACACUAAAUUAAGUUAUCAUUAAUACUUAAUUCGUGCUCUAUGGUAACAGAAGUACUGUUACUGAUCACAAAUACAGGGCAUCAUUUCUCUCUCUUUAUGCAGUUCUAAUAAUUAUUCUGACAUCUUAGGGUUAUAAAUUGUUCUUACUUAUCUUCUCUUUAAAAAAUUCCUUUUUAUCAAAAAGGUAAAUCGACUUACAGAACAGAGAUUCUAUUCAAGAAGUUUCGUUGGAGGCCUAAUUAUAAGAAUAAAAACUCCAAAGCAUAUAGAGAUCUGAUAAACGGCAUUAAAGUAACAGUAAGUGUCCAAAUCGUUUUCAAAAAUAUAUUUCUUCAUUGCUUAAUUGAGGCUAUUAAACGCUGACUGAUUUUUUCCAUAUUGUCUAAAGUUUAAAGAAUUGUUCACCAGGAAGUCAGGAAAGAAGAAGGGAGGCUUUAGAAAAGUUAAGGUGAAAGGGAUCAGGUAUUUUUUUUGCUUUGUUUGUUUGUUUUAAAUUUGUUUUGUCUUGUUUUGUUUUUCGAGUAUUAUAGUUAAGUGAAGGAAUUUAACCUGGUACGUUGCCACGGUCUUUUCGUUUUAAUUUUCUAUAAUGGUUAAGUUAAUUUUUUGCUUGGCCAUAAACCAAAAAAACCAAAAAUUGUGGGUCUCAGGUGAUGGACAUAAGUCAUUAGAGCAUUUAUUGAUAAUUUGAAAUGAUAUAUUGCGUACUCCGGUUUCUGCAAAAAGUGGGAUUAUCUGAAAAAAGGUGUAAUGAGAAUAAAAAACUAAGCUAAAACACUUAAACUAAAACAUAAAAGAGCUUAUAGCAGAACAGUCCGUGCCAUAACAGGCAGGUAAUUAAAAUAAACAAAAACAAUUUUCACCUGCCUACUGUUAACUCCAGACACACACUUGAAUAUCAUUGCAGAAACAAGUUAUAAUGAUCAUUUUUCUGGAGUAGCCUCGCACGUAAACUGCGGUACUGAAAUACACAUUUGAAGCUCUCCUUGUGACCACUCUCAUAAUACGAGUUCUAGUUGCAACCACUUUAAUUUUAACGACUUCCUGGGAUGGGUGGUUGCUCACGAGAGCUUUGUCGAGGCCCUGCCAGGGAAUUGGGGAGGGGGAGGGGGUCCCAUGUCGCCGGUCUGAAUUUUAAAACGUCUCGUGUCGGCGUUUAUAAAUGCUUGUCGCUUAUUCUGGGCUUUGCCGUCACUGUCGCAUUUUGGCUGAGAGAGGUUGUCUCUUAGAGCGAUUUCAUUUUACGCGCUGUCGCCACUUUUUGGGCCAUGCCGCUUGUCGGAAUUUACCCUGGCAGGGCCUCUUUUUCGCUAAGUAAUAUUUAAAUCUAAAGUGUUCUCCGUUUUUCUUCUCUUUUCAGGGCAAUAUCUUUUAAAGGACGGUAAGUUUAAGGCUGUCUCUUCUUCAUGUCACUUAUAUAUCACAUUAAGGUGUAACGGAUAAAUAGCUGAACUGAAACCUUAAUACAGCUCACUUUUCAUUUACAAAGGAAGUACGGUAUUACAAUUAAAUAAUUUCACGAUUACUGGCCCAUAGUUCACGGUAACGGACUAAUCAAUCAUGAUUUCCUUUUCCGUCAAACAGGCCCGCUGGAUUAGGGAUAGCCAUUUCUGUUAAAUUCAGGUCCUUCAACGCCGACCCAACUCUCAGAUUUCAGAAAUUUUUGCGAGGUUCCGAGAAGCUUUUAAGUAUGGAUAUUGACAAACCAGGUAUGGUUUUAUUGUUAAAGAUUGACUAGAAAAUUAAUGAAAGUUUAAAAUCCACCUUCAUUACAUUUCGUAUACGUGAGUCGAAUGUGGUAAGACCGGCGUGAUGUCUUAUUUUGCAAGUAGUUAAAGUUAUUCAAGCAUAUUCCUAGUCUCUGCAUUUACAAUUUUUCAAAAAACACCUUCAUUAUAGGAGAAGAAAAUAAUACAAUAUUUGUCCUUAUCAUUAUUGCCGUCGUCGUCGUCGCCAUCAUCAUCAUAAUCAUAAGAAGCAUUUCUUGUGCUAAGGUUUAUCAAUUCACAACUAUUUUGCGAGUAUUAUAGAUUUUGGAUGCCUAUAAAUAGAAGACGGAGAAUCUAAGAGUGUAGCGGUCGUUUGAAGUCACGGAUUCAUACACAAUGCUUUUUUAUUUAUAUUUUGCAGAUAGAGUACAAGGAAAAACAGGUACGCCGGGUGAUGUCGGUUUAUAUUUAAACAUCUUUUAAUGUAAUUCUUGCAAUAUUUUUUAAAGAGAGAAAAAUUUCUUUACGCCUGCAUGAGACUCAUACCAUCUCUUACCACUAUCACCUAUUGUUAUUACCUAACGUCCAACCUAACAUCUAGAAAACCUAUCUUGAGAAUAAGAAUGUCUGCUCGACUAAACAUCUCUUUAUUUCGUUAUUAAUAUUUUAUUAAUGUUUGGUCACAGUCAUCUAGAUGGAGUCUCGGCUGUGUUCGAAAAGCUAGAGACGACUUUUUUGUUCUCAUCAGGUAAAGCAGGAGACUACUGCUACAGCACAUGCACUCAAAGGCACACUUGCACCCCAAUCUACCAGCAGCCCUCAACAUACAGCUACCACCCAGUAUACAAUGUACCCGCUCCGCCACCAUAUUCGCCGCAGCCCUACCCUGUUUCCUUCCCAGGGAGUGUGCAGACAGUCACAACAACAUCUGAUCCAUACCCAUCAACGUGUCCAAUGUCGUGUACCCAACACCCGACACUGGAUUGCUACAUGCAAUGUAAUGAUGAGUGUUGUGAGAAAAGAGAUGGGAAAAGGAAGGGGAGACCCAAUCGUCUGCGUGCUGCUAAAGAUGUGCAUGAGGACUUUGGAAGGCUUGAUAAUCUGAUCGACAAAGUGACAAAUAAUGGGCCACCUGCCAAUUCUCUACACAAUUUUAAUGAUGAGACAGAUGAUAAAGGUGAAAAUGCAGAAAGUGUUAUUGACAACCUCGAGACAAACAUUAAAAACCUGGGAGUCAAUUUCGAUGAAGAACAGGCGAAACACCUAAGCAGCCAACAUAAUCAGAGAGAUACAGCUGAAAAUACAAAAACCACUUCCAGCUUAACGGAAACGUCUGAUGUUACAGAAACUAAAGCCGGGAGGAUGGGGCUCGAUGAGAAUCAUGUCAUUAGAUACAUGCAUAAGACGAAAAAGUCACAUGAUAUGAUUGACGAUGACCAGGAACCCAGUAAUUCAGAUGAAGAGCCCGUAAACAAUUUCAUCACUACAAAACAAACCAGCAAACACUAUGAAGACGAGAACGAAGAAUAUGCACCACUGGAAAAUGACAGUCCAUUUAGGAAUAAUGAAGAAACUAUUCCAUUGAGCCAAGAAGCAAUUGGUAUGCAAGAUGAACAAAAAGCCAUGGAUGACAGGAAUGAAGACAAUAACGAAAAAAGUGAUAUUGGCCCGGAAAUUGAAGUCGACAAUUCUGAAACCCUCAGCGGUGAGAACGACGAUGAAGAUGACAGUGAUGGAACUGCGAACGAUUUAAAUCUGGAUCAAGAUCCUCCCAGGCCGCUUGAAGAACAUUCCGUGGAUCCUUCGGAUGAGCUUUUGGAUGAAGAAGGAAUUGAUGACGUUGGCAAAUUUGGAAGGAAAAGAGACAAGGUUUCACGUGGAAAGAAAAAUAUAAAGCAAGCACUAACGGAACUUUGA